AUGAGAUUCCCACGAGGUCGCUCGCGGGAACGGAAGCCGCGGCGCUGUCGUCGCGUCGCCGCGCGUCGGCCGCGCGACAUCCACCGGCGGAAUGGGCUCGCGCCUACAACGGCCACCUUCGCGCGACCCCCCAAUGUCCCGAGACACCAGCGAAAGUCGGCCACCAGCAAGGGCACGGAAAGAAAUCGGGGCUCGCGG